AUGGGUGUGGACCUUAAGAAGCAGGGCUUGUCCUCGCUGGGCGCCGUCUUCAUUCUCAUCAAGUCCGCACUGGGAGCUGGCCUGCUCAACUUCCCCUGGGCCUUCCACCAGGCGGGAGGCGUGCUGCCCACCUUCCUGGUGGUGCUGCAUGCCACCCCCCUGAGGUGGCUGGCUGGAGUCCUGCGGUCCUUCUUCCAGGUCUCCUUAGUCUUCCUGACCAGUGGGCUGGCCAUCCUGGGCUAUGCAGCCUCCGUCAGCGGCCAGGACUCCUACCAGGGUGUGGUCCGCGGGCUGUGUGGCCCGGCCAUGGGGAAGCUGUGUGAGGCCUGCUUCCUGCUCAACCUGCUCAUGAUCUCCGUGGCCUUCCUCAGGGUGAUCGGGGACCAGCUAGAGAAGCUGUGUGACUCCCUCCUGCUCGGGGACCCCCAGCCCUGGUACGCUACCCAGCGCUUCACGCUGCCCCUGCUGUCCGUGCUGGUCAUCCUGCCCCUGUCGGCACCCAGGGAGAUCGCUUUCCAGAAGUACACCAGCAUCCUGGGCACCUUGGCUGCCUGCUACCUGGCUCUGGUCGUCAUGAUGCAGUACUACCUUCGGCCUCCGGGGCUGCUGCGGGAGCCUCCGCCUUUGCCAAGCCCCGUCUCCUGGGCCUCUGCGCUCAGUGUCUUUCCCACCAUCUGCUUCGGGUUUCAGUGCCACGAGGCAGCCGUGUCCAUCUACCGCAGCAUGCGUCGGCAGAGCCUCUGCCACUGGGUCCUGCUCUCCGUGCUGUCCCUGCUGGCCUGCUGUGUGGUCUACUCGCUGACAGGGGUUUACGGCUUCCUGACCUUCGGGACAGAGGUGUCCUCGGACAUCUUGAUGUCCUACCCUGAGGACGACGUGGCUGUCCUCGUGGCCCGUGUGCUCUUCGCGGUCUCCAUUGUGACGGUCUACCCCAUCGUGCUCUUCCUGGGGAGGUCCGUGCUGCAGGACUUCUGGAAGAGGAGCUGGGGCGCGCAGGGUCCCCGGGCGCUGGCCGACCCCUCGGGGCCGUGGGUGCGGCUGCCGCUGACUGUCGUGUGGGGGGCCGCGACGCUGGGCCUGGCCCUGGCGCUGCCCGACCUCAGCCAGAUCACCCGCGCCGUCGGGGGCGUCAGCGCCUUCUUCAUCUUCAUCUUCCCGGGUCUGUGUCUCAUCCGUGCGGCGGACGUGGAGCCUGUGGGACCAGGAGUCCAGUGCUGCCUGGAGCUGUGGGGGGCGCUCUCCGUGCUGCUCGGCACCUUCAUCUUCGGGCACAGCACGGCCGUGGCCGUCUUGGAGCUCUUCUAGGGGGGCCUGUGGCCGGUCCCUGUGGCUUCCGGGGCAGUCGUGAGACCGACGUGGCUUCCUUCUUCCCGGAGAUACUGAGUCACCGCGGGGCU